GAGUGUAUUCUUCCCAGCCAGCCGUAAGCGCAAGCUACGCUAGCUUAGGUUAAACCGCGUCCGUUCGUACCUGCCUCCAUCGCGUGACUGUAAUCUAGAGGCGCGCGUGGCUAUGGCGGAGGGCGGCCGUGGGCGGCACUAUCGUCGGCGAGGCGACAGCGACAGUGGUAAUAGCGAUAGCGAUAGUGGCAAUAGCGGGAGCGCGCGACGACGGAACUCGGUAUCCGACGACGAGCGAGAUCAGCGGCGGGGCGAUCGCGGGCGACGCGUGCGACGAAGAUAUUCGUCGGACGACGACGAGGAGGAGGAGGAUAAACGGAGGGAAGAGGGGAAAGCGGGGAAGGGGAGGGAAAAGGUGAAAGAGGAGAUGAGGAGGGAAAGCGGGAGAGGGAGAGGAGGAGGGGAAUCGAGGCAUGCGGAUCGGCAACGAAGCGGGAAGCGUGGAUCAGGCAGCGACGAGGAGGACGAGGAGGAGGAAGAGCGGGAGAGGAGACGCGGGCAUAGGGCCUCUGGGGAUGGGAGAAAGGUGAGGAGGAGCCGAGAGCCCGCAGGUGCGAGAAGCCGAAGCCCAAGCCGAAGCCCAAGCCGAGGCUCGGAUUCGGACGAAGAGGAGGAGAGGGCGAGGAAGCGCGGGGAUAGGGGCACUGGGGGUGGGAGAGGGAGGAGGAGGAGUCGGAGCAGGAGUGAGUCUGACUCGGAAGAGGAGAAGGCGCGGAGGCGGCGGAAAGGGGAGGAGGGGGAUGGGGGAAGGCGAGGCGGAGCGAAGGGUGUGGGGGGACGAAGCGCGCAUGUGAGGCGUAGCGGGAGUGACAGUAGCGAGGAUGAGGAUAACGAGGCGAGGCGGAGAAGGGUCAGAGACGCGGAGGACGAGGAGAGAAGGGAGAAGGUGGCGAGAGGGAACGACCCAAAGAGCAAAUCCCGGACCGCCGAUGCUGCUGGUGGUGCUUCUACUGCAAGCGCGUCUGUUUCUAAGGGGUCUACUGCUCGGUCAAAGCGAGACCAGGGCACCUUAAGUACAGCAGCGCUAGACGCAGCAGCAGCCUUUGCAGCAGAGGCAGUUAGAGCGGCUGCUGGCUUUGGCCCUCCCCCCAGCGGCGCUCCCCCGUCCCUCCCCCCUCCACCGCCCUUGCCCCCUUCCGCCUCCGCCCCCCCAUCUCUCCCCCCGCCCCCCCCUCCCCCGCACUACCCCUUCUCCGCGCCUCCCCCUCCCCCCCUUGGCGGCCCCCCUAUCCGCGCCGCUCCCCACGGUAGCGGGAAUGGGGCGGCGGCAGGGGGGAGAGUGCUUGCUGACGUGGACAGGUCGGCGUCAGCGGGGCGUGUGAUUGCUGAGGUGGACCGGUCGGCGUCGGGGGGGAGAGUUCUUGCUGACGUGGACCCCGAGACCCUGGAGGCCAUGGAAGCAACGCAGAAGGCGCUUGAGGCGAAGGAGGGGGAGAAGAAGAAGGCAGCACAACCGUCAUUUGAGCUGUCUGGCAAACUGGCGGAAGAAACCAACCGCUUCAGAGGUGUCGCGCUGGUGUACAACGAGCCUACUGAGGCGCGCAAGCCCUCUAUCCGCUGGCGGCUAUAUGUCUUUAAGGACGGGGAGCCCUUGAAAGAGCCGCUGUACAUCCAUCGCCAGACGUGCUACCUCUUCGGACGGGAGAGACGGGUUGCAGAUGUGCCAACAGACCAUCCCUCCUGCAGCAAGCAGCAUGCAGUCAUCCAAUUCCGCCUGGUGGACAAGGAGGAGCCGAGUGGCGAGGUGACGGCUCUUGUGAGGCCCUAUGUCAUGGACCUAGGCAGCACCAACGGCACUUUCCUCAAUGGGUCGCGCAUCGACGCACAGCGGUACUAUGAGCUGAUGGAGAAGGACACGUUAAAGUUUGGCAACAGCAGCCGGGAGUAUGUGCUGUUGCACGAACACUCAGCAGGCUAGUGCUUGGUGCCCUUCACAUUUUCAUGUCGACUUCAAGUCAGCCUCCAGGGUUAACAAACGGGCUGAAACGGCUGGUACCAGCAGCUGGGACUACUGUAUGUGCCGCUGCACAAGUACUCCACUGGGUAGUGCUUGGUGCCAUGCCAUAUAACCACUCGACAGGCGAAUCAGGUUGGUUAGUCAGGAGAAUAUGCUAACUUGCUGUGAUCGAUAACUAGGCUGGUGCGGCUUGAGGCUGACAAGGCACAGCAGGUGGCUGCUACGCUGAUGUUUUGUUCUCCGUUGAUUUGUUGGUUGCUAGGCUGUUGUCUGUGUUGGGCUGAGAAAAACCCUUUGGGAUCUUUUGCAGAGACUAAGUCCCAGCUGUAAAGACUUGAGACUUGGAGUAGUGCAGCGGAAGUUGAGGUAGUUGAACCCUUGUACUAAGACUAAGUCCCAGCUGUAAAGACUUGAGACUUGGAGUAGUGCAGCGGAAGUUGAGGUAGUUGAACCCUUGUACUAGUAUGUGAGAACAAUGAGAAGCUUCGGCCUAGCGGAUCCUGCGUCCUGCAGCAUCGGAAAGUUGGUAUGUAAUAUAGAAUUUCUUGACUUGAACUUCCGUCCCGUCUUGUUCCUCCGUUCAGCAACCACUAGCUGAAGGGAUUCUAGUGUAGGGGGCCUACUAAAUCGCCUGCGUCACGCACGAGCCCGACUUCCAGUCCCAGUUCUGCUGCACCAUGAAUUUAAUGCCGUUGAGCCCCACCAUAUUGUACUCCGCGUCCCGACCUUAGAUGUUUUACAGUUU